AUGCCUUUCUUUGAGAUAGUAGGCGUGACACCGACAAACCAGAAUUUUCUAGUUGGAUAUUUUUUCAUGCGCGACGAGUGCACGGCUAGCUAUCGGUGGUUGUUGCAGAGAUUAAGGGAGUUGAUUGGGUUUGAUAAAGAGCCAUCUGUAUUUAUUUCAGACCGUGAUCUUGGGCUAUGUGCGGCUUUGAGAGAAGUCUUUCCAGGGACGUCACAUUUACUCUGUCUAUGGCACAUCAACAGAGAUGUGGAGGCUAAGGUGACAAAGAUGUUUGGAAACAAGACGGUUGGUGUCAGUUUUAGAGCUGGGAGAUGGUUCAAAAUCGUGAAUGCAACAACACAGGCGGAGUAUGAUCGUGCUCUAACUGCCAUGCAAGUGAGGUGGGGAAAAUAUCUGGAAGUGAUUCAGUAUGUUCAGAGAACUUGGCUUUGUCAUAAGGAGAAAUUUGUGAAAUUUUGGACGAACCAGGUUCUUCAUUUUGGUAACACCACCAACUGCAGACUUGAGAGCCAACAUUCAGCAGUGAAAACUUGGUUAGAAUCAUCCACAGGUGCUUUGGAUACCGUAUGGGCCCGAGUCCAUUGUCAUAUCGGUAAUCGCAUCAUACAAAUUCGUAAUGACUUGGAGGCAUCAAGGUCUAAAAUUGGUCAGAUGUACAGACAGUUGCCACUGUCACGUAUAAAUGGCAAAGUGUCUCAACAUUGCUUGAAAGUUCUAGAUAACGAGACGAAAAGGAUGCGGGAUUUGAGUUACCAGGUCCAUGAACGGUGUGGAUGUGCUAUGCGUCUGACCCAUGGUCUUCCAUGUGCUUGCCAGAUACAUGAUUCGAUAGUUGCACAGACAGGAUUGUAUAGCAGCCAAAUUCAUUCUUUCUGGAAGAUACUGGUUAUUGGUGAUGGUGUUAACAUUCCUGAAGUGGUAAAUGAUUCAACCAAGGAGGCUGCACAUUUUCGGUCCCUAAUCGACGAAGUCAUGGAAAGUGACCCGGUCGUACGUCGAAAUGUAACGCGAAUCAUUGAAGAGGAGCUACAUCCAGAUCAUUCACACCUUGAAGAACCACAUAUCAACCUUAAAACUCGUGGUCGACCGAAAAGAAAUAACACCAGGCGUGAUCGUAGCUAUUUCGAGCAUGUGAACCGUCAACACACUCAACAUGGCGGUGACCCAGAACCAGAUCUAAGUGACAUUAGUCAAUGCAGGUAUUUGAACUUGCUUCCAACCCCAAUGUUGUCGUACAUUUCGUCUUGGAAGGAUGUCAUUGGUGAUGGGAACUGUGGCUUUCGUUGUGUCGCCGACUUCUUCUUUGGCGAUCAAAAUAAGUGGUUUGACGCUCGGGAAACAAUAGCGAACGAGGUCGCUGGUCAUCCUGAUUUGUACGAACGGAUUUACGGGCUUGGGCGACUUUGGAUGAACGUGGAGCGUAUUCAAUGGGAUGGUGGGGCUGUCGGGGAGCGACAUUGGAUGGUUACAAUUCAAGAUUUAUUUCCUAUUGCUACGUGGUUCAACGCAAGGGUGAUUUGUCUCGGAGUAGGCCUAGUACCAACUUGCUACUACCCAUGCAUCACAGUCUUACCGCUUAGGGCACGCAACGGGGUUCGGUUAACGACUCGAGAGUUUGUGAUUGCUACAGUUGGUGGAUCACAUUUUAUCCGUCUUGACCUUGUACCUGAUUCACCACUCCCGCCGAUCGCCGGUUGGUGGACGCAAAACCACGAGGAUAGUGUCAAUGGAUGGGAUCAAGCAUAUCAGUUGAGAAGGGACAUGUGGGAUGCAUUAGUUAGGUAG